UCCCCUCACCUGUCUACUUUGUCUUUCUCCACCUUCUCUCCCCUUCAUCCAUACCAAUUCUCUCAUGCCUCUGUCUUGCUAUCAUCCCUCGCUUCCUCCUCUCUCCCUGCUCAUGUCCAACCCCUCAGGUUUGUCGAAGUCCUUCCCGUUGGACAACUCUUUGUUUGACAGCUGGCUCGCCCAGUCGGUUCAGAUCACGGCUGACGACAUGCUGAGUCAGUGGGCUCUGGGCUCCCAGCACCGGGACAAGAGUGGCAGCCUGCUCUCCGACCAGCUCCUGCAGGGUGAGGAGAGCCUGCUCAAUCUCAUGAUGGAGAACUCCAUGCAGUCCACCUGGAAAACACCUCAGCUGGGCCGAAAACCACGAGGGAGCAACAAGCCCCGUACUCGCGGUGCCCCUCCGCAAUCGCCCAGCCCCACCCUUCCCCAGACGCCCCUAUCUGCAACGGCCCCCUCCUCUGCAGCAGCCCCCUCCUCUGCAGCAGCCCCCUCCUUUGCAGCGGCCCCCUCCUCCGCCAGCAGCCCCUCCACAGCAAAGAGUCUCUGGGCAAGCAUGGCAGAGGAGAAGCCCAUCCAUGUGGGCCGCAAAGGGGAGAGGUCCGGGGGCUCCUCGCGGCACCAUCUCUACGUUCACCCCCACCAGACAAGGAGCUCCGACCCGCCGCCGCAGCCCCCCGUCUCCAAGAUGGAUUCCUGUCACAUCUCGGAGGAGCGCAGCCCGUGGAACAGCGUCUACACUGGGAAUGGCGUUGCAUCCUCGUCCCCACGCCCAGGCUCCAGCCCCGGGGCCACGUUGCCCGACACAGGGGCGAUCAUUCGUGGCAGGGGUCCACGGCUCCGCCUCUCCCGCCAGGUGAAAUCCAGAGGGAGGGGCUUCACUGGAGGUAUAGCAGGUCUGGAGUGUGUUGGGAUGCCGCUCACAGGAAAGGACGCUUCGAUGCUGGACGCUGUGGAGACCGACGGCUACUUCUCUGACGGCGAGCAGAGCGAUUCUGACACGCGCUCGGGCGGACGCAAACUCCGCUUGCCGCAGUUGCAUUCUGGGAAAGAGGACCUGCUGAGAAGGAGCGUGCUGGCCUCCUAAAGAACUGAGCUAGCGAAUUGUAUCUCCAUCUGUGCCCAAUAUACAGUCCACAAAACAUGGCUGGAUGGCUUUGUUCAACCAAAUCCUGUCACGUCUACUAGUGGAAAAUCUCUUCAGCUCUCGACUGCUUUGUUUUCGGGGGGGGAAUUUGAAUGUAGCUGUUUGCCUAUCGUACAGUUAAGCAACUCCACCGGACUGUAGUUUGUCGUCAGCCUAUUAGAAGAUGUGAUACAUUUAACGAAUAGGAAACAAACAUUUCAUUUAGACUUUGUUUAAAUUUCCGAUUCAUUUUGAUCCUGGGCGUUGAAGUACCCUUUUUUGGCCUCAUGUCUGUGGUAUCUGCCAGACUUGGGAACAAACACUUUGGGGCAUUAUUAUUAUUUUUUUUUUUUUUAAAUAUUAUUCAAGCUGGUUUCAGGGUCUGCUCCGCUCUUGGUCUUUUAUGGCCUGAGAUGAAUCCAAUGAGUCCUUGUUUUCUUGAAUCUGUUCAGUGGAAAGACAAUUUCACUCCAGAGCUAAUCUGAAUAUGUACAGGUGGUGACAUGGGAUAACAUGUAUUCAGCCUUGAAAAGCACAACUAGCUAGUCAUAAGAGCUGGAAUGUAAGCACUCGUGUGUAUAAUAGAUGCUCAGUCAGGGUUGGGUUCAAUUCUCAUAAUGUUUACCCGGUUUGCAAAAUGUACACUAAAGCCUACAUUCUUCAAUUUAUCUUCUCAGAUUUCCAGCUUUUCAAAUUUUUAGAUAGCAAAAAGAUUGACCCCAACCCUGGAGCUCAUUCAGAUUGUCACACAGAGACACAAACACACAAACAUACUGACACACAUAAUAAGCAAAUCCCUUUGCUCACAUCACAGCCGAAAUGGAAAUAUAUUUGAUCUGACUUUUGUCAGCUGCUUUCAAAUUCUUCCUAGUUCUGAGUUAAUUUUUUUAUCAAGCCGGAAUCCUUGGAGAGAAAUCAUCGUAGAAACUCUGUGCCUUCUGUCGCUUGCCCUGUGCCCCCUCACCUCGACCCAAAAAACGUAUCAAAAAACAAAACAAUCAGUAAGUCGAUCAAUCAGUCGUUCAUCAAUCGGAUUUGUAACAAUCAAACCAAAAGGAAAUCCCGUUGGAUUGGUUACCGAGUGUAGCCAGUGCUGGGCUCCUUGUCUCCUUAAUUGUCUAGUGCCUGAAACAAGGAUGUAAAUGCAGCAUUCACCAUUAAUCAGCAAAGUAUCUGCAACAGUUAGCAAAGCAGAGCCACAGCGUACUAUCAGUGCAGAGAGCUGCCUACUGUUCUGUGCCCCCCCCCCACAGCUAGAUCACUGCAGCCCAGAGCCAUCGAUACACAGUUUGGCCAGGUUACACUGUGAGCACCAGAGAGCUGAGUAAAA